AUGGCUGUAGCAGUUAGUGCUGAAGCUCCAGACAGCGACAAGGUGUUCCAUGACACCGUCUUCAUGGAAAAAAACAAGCAUAUCUCCGACCGGUGGGUUCGCAUUGCCGAACUGUACCCAGACGGCAUCAGCCAGCCUCUCCUUCCAGCGGAAUUUUCCCGUGAGCAGUUCGGACAGGGCAAUCACUACGAAUGCUUCAUGCUCACAGCCCUGUCCACUCUGGUGCGCUUCCCCAGCGUAAUCCAGAACUGCUUCGUCUCCAAGCACGUUCGACGUGACGGGCGUUACACAUUCCAGUUUUUCCGUGGCAGGGAGUGGGUGAAGGUGGAGAUUGACGACCAAAUCCCACUGGAGGAGGACGGGGAGCUUUACAUUCGCUCGCCCACGGGGCACUGGUGGCCCCUGCUCCUUGAAAAGGCCUAUGCAAAGUUUUAUACCGGCUACGAGAAUCUUGAGGGCUGCACACUGCAGGAGACGUACCACGACCUGACUGGCAAUCCCGUGCUCAACAUCCCCAUUGACGCGAAGCUUGCCAAGGCCGCUGGAGCGGACGUAACGGAGGGCCACUACUGGCUGGAUUUGGCGCAGAAGAUUCAAUCCGGACAGUUCGUGGCCUCUGUAUUAACCAAGGACAUGGAGACUGAGAGUAUGGGUAUUCAGCGCGAGCAGCAGUAUGGUGUGCUCGAGAUCUUCUCGAUGACAGGCACAUCGUCUGUGAACGACAUUGUUAUCCAUUUGCACAAUCCCUUCGAGGAUGAGGAGUUCAUCUACACAGGUCCCCUGAAUAGCAAGGAUUCACACUGGACGCCCAAGUUACGCGCCAAAUACAGUGUGGACGAUGAACGCUCCAUCUUUCUUCCACUCAGCACAUUUUUGAAGAUUAUUAAUUCCAUGCAACUGUGCUAUGUUUCUACGAUAGAUGGCGAUGCCACAUACUUUGAUGACGAAUGGAAAGGUGAGACUGCAGGCGGUAACCCCACAUGUGUUACAUGGCGCAAAAAUCCCCUAUAUAGUGUCAGAAACACUGGAAAAAACCCACUGCGGCUCGUGGUGAUGAUCAAGCAAGAGGAUCAGCGACGGUUUAUUAUCAGUGUUGGUAAGUUACAAUACCUUCAUUGCGAUGCAAUCUUUGUCCAAAAUACAAGUGCCAAUGCAAUACCCACCCAUAACGUCACUGGCAACAACCACAAGCCCAUUUGCAAGAGUUUGUUUCUGAAUUCUCGUGAGGUGGCGAAUGCCGUUACGGUUCCCCCUAAUUCUCUAUGUUAUCUUGUGCCCUCAUGCAUGUCAAAGGGAUCUGAAUCAAAAUUCACCAUUGCCCUGUAUCACAUGGUUGGGGAAGAAUACAGCAGUCUCACGAUCAAAAAGCUUAGCGUCCCCGAGAUGGAUUGGGACCAUCCUGCUGAAGGGCACGUGGAGUUGGAGCAAAAGCAAAAGGAUCGUGUGGACUUCUAUGUUGACCAAGAAACCGACGUCCACAUACUGUUGCAUCAGGAAAAGCCGUAUUCCAGUGCGACUGGCGGCGACGCCAUGGCCCAAGACUAUAUGGGCAUGUACCUGUACGACGACGCGGACCGCAAAAUUGGUGGUGUGCACGCUGCAACAAACUUCAGGGAAACAGGCAUCGUCUAUCACCUUCCCCGAAGCGGCCGCUACGCUCUCUCCGUCACAUGUCCACGUGCGAAGGGAAAGGUGCCCGCGCUCAUCACGAUUGUCGCCUCCUAUUCAGCCAACAGUCGUCUCGUCGAAGCCCCAGAGGAUGCAGGCAUGUUUGAAGAUGAGGACGAUGACAUCGACGAGGGAGAGGAGUCUGCGGCACGGAAUAACCCCAUCGACUACAUGCCCGUCAAUAUGCCUCCGUCAAAGAUUACGGAGCUUCCUGACAGCACAACGCCGUUUGAGGACAAGCGGUUUAUGGUCGACAACAAGAUUAUCACGAAUGAUCCAUGGAUCCACAUUGGUGACUUGUAUCCGGAGGGCAAGACACUGCCGCUUCUUCCCGAUAAACUUAGCCGUGACCAGUUUGAGCAGGGCGAGCACUUCGAGUGCUGCUGCCUUACGGCCUUCGCGACACUUGUGGAUCACCACCCCGAUGUACUCUGCAACGUGUUUGUGACAAAGGAGGUGCGAAAGGAUGGUCGCUACACCUUCCAGUUUCACAGGUAUGGCCAGUGGGUGAAGGUCGAAAUCGACGACCGUAUUCCGCUGACGAAGCAGCAGACCUUGUUCUGCCGCUCCCCCACACGGCACUGGUGGCCUCUGCUGUUGGAGAAGGCGUGCGCCAAGUUCUACACAUUGUACCAGAACCUCGAGGGGUGCACACUGCAGGAGCUGUACUACGACUUUACUGGUUGUCCCGUGAUGAACAUUCCGACCGACCUGAAACUCGCGAAGUCUGCCAUGUAUUCAGUUGACGACCCGGAGUUUUGGCUUGACCUUAAUGAAGAUUUGAAGAACUGCGCCUAUGGAGCUACUGCACGUUCAGGGAUCGGAAGCAAUUUGGGAAUUCAAGAAGACCAGACGUAUGGUAUUCUUUCUGUCAUCUCCACAAGAAAUUCGGUUAACCCCGAGCUUUCGGACUUGUUGGUUAUGAUUUACAAUCCGUUUGUUGAGGCCGUCUACACUGGUCCUAUGAACAAUGAGGAUAUACGAUGGACCCCGGAAUUGCGUUCCAUGCACUCUCCUGAGCAACGGGAUACAAUCUACAUGCCCGUUGGUAUGUUUCUUGAGACUUUUUCCAGCAUAGAGAAGGUUCUGAUUCGUGGUGUGGCGUUACCUGGUUGGCAUUUCAGCAGCGAGUGGGGUGAGGGCACGAAUGGCGGCAACCCUACUCUUGUGACAUGGCGCGAGAAUCCACUUUAUGUGGUGCGAAACAAUUCUGAGGAGCCAUUGCAGAUCAUGGCCAUGAUUGGUCAGCCGGACCAACGACACAAACUUCACCUAUUGCCACAACAGGAGUUAGAUUAUAUUCAAUGCGGUCUGGUGCUCUCGCAGUGCACAUCCAGCAGCCACCUGGCGACUUAUUUGGUGACCGGCAAUAACCACCGAAUUGUGCACAAGGGGCUUUUCAUUGACUCCCGCGAAUCGGCAAACCUUGUUACGGUGCCUCCCAAGUCUCUCUGCUAUCUUGUUCCGAGUGCCAUGUUUCGCGACAAGAGCAAGUUUUUGCUUUCGUACUGGUACCAGAAGCCGGCUGAUGAGAAGCAAAUGAAGCUUGUGCGACUGAACGUUGACGUUGCGCGCCACCUUCCUGCCAUUGAGCAUCUCGAGUUGAGGAGCAGGGAGAAGGACCGUGUGGACUUUCUUGUUGAUGUUCCCACCGACAUCCACAUUCUUCUGCAGCAGGAGAAGCCGUUUAGAUCGUCCAAUGGCGGUGACGCGAUGGCCGAGGAUUUCAUUGGCAUCUAUCUUUACGACGGCGAGGACAAGCGCAUUCAAGGCGUUACAUCAGCGACAAACUACCGGGAGAUAGGCAUUGUGCAUCAUCUCCCUGCCUCUGGCCGGUACGCUCUCUGCGCCACGUGUCCGCGUGGCAAUGGCGUUGUGCCGUGCAAGGUGGAGGCUGUCGGCGUGGAGUCGGCACACGUACGCAUCACGGACCCUCCCGACGACGCUAGAGAGCUUGGGGAAGUGGACCUGGACUUUCUUGACGUGGAACCGGAGUCCGUUCCGCUUGAUGAUCUUGCACUGCAUGAUGACGAGGCUUUUAAGGGCCUGCUUGCCGAGUUGAAGAAGUUACACAAGGACCCUGAAGGAAAUGCGGACGAGAUCAGUGCCGUUGAGAAUCAGAUAAACGAUCAUGCACACAUUCUGGCAAAGAAGAUUCUCGGAAAGGAUCGAGCAAGGUACCUCCCUGGGCGCGACCUUGAUUUGUUGAAUCCCAUUCUUGACUCCAAUGUUGACUACAUGGAUAGCGAACGCAAUCGGUAUGGACUGAAGAAGGACCCACGAAAUGCGACCAAGGUGCAAUUUGUCGAAGAGGUCCUCCAGAAGAAGGCGGAUGCCAUUGCUGAGAAAGCCAAAGAGCCCGACAUUCUAUUUCUUGACCCGGCACCGGAGGGCAUUCCUAUUCAGGACAUGCUUCUUAUGGGGGAUUCUGCAUUUGCCGCAUCUGCGCGUGAGCGCAUGAAACUGAAGAGUAAUCCUGUUGCGAAUGCGAGCAAGAUCAGUGCCCUUGAGGAGGAGAUGGAUCAACGUGCUCAUGUAUUGGCUAAGCAGUUGCGUGCCAAAGAGCGCACUUUCCUUGAUCCAGAGCCUGAGGGUGUUCCACUUGAGUUGCUUUCAUUAAAUGAAAAUGAGGCCUUUCAGGAAUUGGAGCGAGAGCUUCGUGCCCUAAAUCGCAAACCCCGGAAGGAUGCCAAAGCAAUAGUUGCUCUAGAAAAUGAUUUGCUUGACCGAACAAACGUGCUUGCCAAGGAGCUAAAGGAAAAUGAGCGGAACAUCUUUUUGGAUCCACAGCCUGAGGGUGUGCCGGUGUCUGAGCUGUCGUUGGAUUUAGACGAGCCGUUUCACACGAUGGAGGUGGAACGUCUACGCCUUCGCCACGAGGACCCGCGCGCAAAUGUGACGAAAGUAAAGGAGCUGGAAAAUGCAUUGAAUGACCGUGCGCAGGAGUUGGCGCAGGUAAUUUUAAGAGCAGACCGUGCAUUUCUUGACAAGAAUCCCCAGGGUGUUCCCUUGGACAUCCUUCCGCUGGACACGGAUCCCAAGUUCCGCAAACUAGAGGCCGAGCGCGCGAAGCUAAAGGCGCAGGAUCCCCGGCGCAAUGGGAGGCUGAUAUUAGACCUGGAAAACGCAAUGGCCGAUCGUUGUCAUGAACUUGCUGCUGAUCAGCUGCGUGAGGACCUGACUGGUGUUGAUGUGCUGCCUCGUGAUAUACCCCUUGAAUUGCUUCUGCCUCACAGCGACCCGACGUUUUCGGCGUUGGUGGAUGACCUUCGGGCUCUGAAAAAGGACCCCGAGGAGAACGCGGAUGCCAUCGAGACGGUCCUCUGUGCGAUGAAUGAUCGUGCAGACGAUUUGGCGGCAGCACAGCUUGACCGUGGUUUCUUGAAUCAAGCCCCUGCGGGUGUUCCUCUGGAGAUUCUGCCGCUGGACUCAGAUGCCGAAUUCCAUUCGAUGGAGACGGCACGUGUGAAGCUUAAGCUGAGUGAUCCCCGGCGUAACGCGAAGAAGAUUAGGGACCUCGAGGAAGAAAUGAACGCUCGGGCGCAUGAGCUGGCGAAGGACCAACUUGCGGAAGACCUUGCUGGAGUGGAUGCUGCGCCGGAGGGUAUUCCCUUGUCACUGCUAAAGUUGACGGAAGACGGGGUCUUUGCGUCAAUGGUUCCGUGGCUGCGUGAGCUGAAAAAGGAUCCUGAGGCAAAUGCUGAGCAAAUCCGAAACUUGGAGGACAAGAUGAACAACCGAGCGUACGAGCUUGCUGAUGCGCUGUUAGAGGGUGAUCGCGGUUAUCUGGACGCCGCGCCAGAGGGCGUACCGCUUGAGGAGCUCCCGUUAACAAAUGACGAUGUCUUUGCCUUGAUGGAGGUGGAGCGUGCGAAGCUUAAGGCGCAAGAUCCAAAGCGUAAUGCUGCAAGGGUGGCAGAAUUGGAGUUGCAGUUAAAUGAGAUGGCAGCCAAGCUUGCGAGGAAUGUUCUUGCGGAAGACCUCAAAGGCUUUGCCAGCCAGUACGAGGGGGUUGCUACGGAGCAACUGAAGCCCCACAACGACCGAGAGUUUGCUUCUUUGGUGCCGGAGCUUCGUCGUCUAAAGAAGGAGGGCCCGAAGAAUGUACUUCGGAAUCACAUGGAGGAAAUGGACAACCGUAUCCGUGAGAUUGCGAAGGAAUUUUUGGAUGGCAAUCUUUGGUUCCUUGACAAGGUGCCUGAGGGCGUCCCGCUGGAGUACGUGCCGCUGGCGGGUGACGAGAAGUUUGAGGAAUUGCGUCAUGAGCGAGCGGCACUCAAGGCGGAUGAGCCACGGAAAAAUGCUGAUCGCAUCAAGGAGUGCGAGGAUGCCAUGAAAAAGAGGUCCCAUGAGCUUGCUCGAGAUGUGAGGGAAAGGGACCUUGACGGAAUCGAAAGGAAGCCGUACGACAUUCCACUGGAUUGUCUGCCGCUUCGCGAGGACCCCGUCGCCUCCAAACUUAUUUCAAGGCUGCGUGAGGCGAAGAAAGGCGUGGCCAGCCCCGCAGGGAAGGGGGCAGUUUCCAAACUUCAGGAUGAGUUGGGCGAGCGCGCGCGUGGGCUUGCGUGGGACGCGCUUGCUGGUGACCGCGGGAAAUACCUGGAUAAUAAUCUUGAGGGCGUUUCCUUGAGCUGCCUUCCACUGGACACGGACCCUCAGUUCCACGGCCUGGAGGUGGAACGCGCGCAAUUAAAGCUUGCGGAUCCUCGAGGGAAUGCGAAGAGGAUUGAGGAUGCUGAGGAACGGCUCAAUGACCGCGCCCGUGAACUGGCACGGAAGCAGCUAGAGGAUGAUAUUGCUGGGUUGGACCUGUCGUCCGUAGACAUGCCAAUGGACGUGUUGCGUCCGCACCGUGACGCAGAGUUUACCGACGCUGCUGUGAGGCUUCGCGAACUGAAAAAGGAUCCGCGCAGAAACGAGAAAAAGAUAAGGGAUUUGGAAAAGGGCAUGAGCGAACGUGUUGGAGAGCUUAUGCGGGAGGUGCUGGAGGGAGAUCGCGCGUUUCUCGAUCCGGAUCCUGAUGGCGUUCCUCUCUCCGACCUUCCAAUCAACGAGGACCAAACCUUUCGUGCGAAGGAGGUGAAGCACGCGGAACUAAAGGCGAGGGAUCCCGUCAAGCAUGCUGAUGCGAUUGCGGCGCUAGAGAACGAGUUGAACCAACGCGCGCAUGAGUUGGCCUUGGAUCAGCUCAAAGAGGAUCUUCGGGACCUGGACGAUACACCGCAGGGCGUUCCGAUCGCGUUGCUGCGCCCCCAUGAUGAUGCAAGCUUUGCCUCCAGCGUGCCCAUGCUACGACGGCUCAAAAAGGACCCGACUCGGAAUGCCGAAGCAAUACGAGCCCUAGAAAACAAACUUGAGGGCUACGUGGACGAGAUGGCGCAUGAUUUUUUGCGUGCUGACCGCGACUCAUAUCUUGACCCCGCGCCAUUGGGUCAUCCAACAGCCACGCUGCCGCUGGACAAAGAUUCUGAGUUUAAGACCUUGGAGGCCAGACGGCUUGAGCUGAUGCUCGAUCCGAGGCGCAACAAGGAGGAAGUAGCUGAGUUGGAGGAAGCGCUGAACGCACGCGCCACCAAGCUUGCGGAGGAAAUGUUAAGGAACGACCGCGCUUUCCUUGAAAGGGAGCCUGAGGGCGUGCCUCUGCGUUAUAUGCAUCUGGAUGAGCACAGACAGUUUCACGAGCUGGAGGUCAAACGCGCCGCGCUGAAGGCAAAGGACCCCGUCCGCAACGCGAAGGCAAUCAAGGAUAUCGAGGACGAACUGAACGACCUCGUGCAUGAGCUGGCGAGGGACCAAAUGGCGGAGGAUCUGCGAGGUGUGGAUCCGGCUCCCCGUGGUAUCCCGAUUAACUUGCUGCGGCCGCUCGACGAUCCGAAGUUCAACGAACUGGUGGAGGAGCUUCGUGCGCUGAAGGCCUCCCCCACAGUCAACCCUAACAGGUUGCACGCCCUGGAAGCUGAAAUGAACAACCGCGCCGGCGAGCUAGCGGAGAGGGCGCGGCUUGGCUGCCGCGACAAGCUGGACCCCUAUCCUGAGGGUCUUCCGCUGGAGAAGCUUCCGUUGGAUGAGGACGAGACAUUCUCCCAGAUUGAGCUGGAGAUGGCGGGACUGAAGCUUGCUGAUCCUGCAAGGAACGCGGCUCGCGUCGCUAAUCUGGCGGAAAAAUUGAACGACCGUGCGUUGGAUAUUGCUCGUGCGGUGAAGAAAAAGGAUCUUGAGGGUCUGGAGGAGGCUCCGCGUGGGAUUCCGCUGGUACUUUUGAGACCGCACAACGAUGAGGUCUUUGCGUCUCUGGCCAACGAGGCGCGCGGUGAUGGGAGCAGGUCCAGGAGUCUUUUGUCGCCUGCUGCUGCUGACGCGCUGAACGAACGGGCCAGGGAACUUGCGGAUCAGCUUCUACAGGGUGAUCGCGGCUUUCUUGAACGCGACCCCGAAGGCAUUCCACUGAGCGUGCUGCCCUUGGACACUGACCCUGUCUUCCGCGAGGUGGAGGUGGAGCGUGCGGUGCUGAAGCUCAGCGACCCGAGGAAGAACGCAGACAGGAUCGCCAGUCUUGAGAGUCGCCUCAACGACCGCGCACAUGAGCUUGCGCAGGAACGACUGAGCGGGGAUCGCGGCUACCUUGACGUCGAGCUAGCUGGAGUUUCGUCCGCUGAUCUUCCUCUUGAUGAGGACCCAAAGUUCCACCAGAUGGAGGUGGAACGUGCGAAGCUGAAAGAGCGGGACCCCGUGAGUAAUGCCUACCGCAUCCGCGAUCUAGAGGAGAAGCUGAACGUGCGGGCGCAGGAACUGGCGCAGAGGGUACUUGAAGAGGAUCUCAAAGGCAUUGACACGGAGCCCGAGGAUGUGCCACUUGUGCUGCUUCAUCCGCACAAGGACCCUGAGUUUGCUUCGUUUCUUCCUGACCUUCGUCGUCUCAAAAAGAACUCUGGGCGGAACGCCGCGCCAAUCUCGGCUGUACAGAACAAGAUGAACGACAGGGUACAUGAGCUGGCGAGGGAAAUGAUUACUGAGGGCCGGAAUUCCCUUGAUCCCGAACCGGAAGGUGUGCCACUUGGGUAUCUUCCACUUGGCACGGACAAACAGUUUGGUGAGCUGGAGAAGAAGCUGUAUGCCCUGCAGGCAGCGCCACGGCGGAAUGACGGUGCUAUUGCGAAUCUGAGGGAACGGCUGAAUGACCGUGCCCACGAGCUGGCAAAGGAGAAGAUUCAGGGUGACCGCGGCUUCCUGGAGCCGGAGCCGGAGGGCAUUCCGCUUUCCGACCUUCCCCUCGACUCGGAUGAGAAGUUCCACAAGAUGGAGACGGAGCGAGCCAAAUUGAAAGAGAAUCCUGCGAAGAAUGCAGAUGCGAUAGCUCGUAUGGAGAAAGACCUGAAUGAUCGUGUCCACGAGAUGGCGAAGGAACUAAAGGAGGAGGUUCGUGCCUUUUUGAACACCACAUCCUAUGGUAUCUCGAAGGAGCUUCUGCCUCUUGACAAGGACCGCAACUUCCAGGGCAUGGAGCAGCAGUUACGAAAGCUUGGGCGCAACCCUCGCCAAAAUGCGGCUGCUAUUGAAAGUCUUCGGGAAAUGUUGCAAGACCGUGCCGAUGAGCUGGGCCUGCAGAUGCUAAGGGGUGAUCGUCCCAAUUAUCUUGAGCCUGAAUACGAGGGCGUUGAGCCUGUGGAUGUUCCUGUCGAUGAUGACAAGGUGUUUGCCGAGUUGGAGCUUGAGCGGGCCAUUGUGAAGGCAAAGGAUCCCCAGUCGAUCAGCGAUAAGAUUGAAGAGCUGGAGGGGAAGCUGAGGGAUCGUUUUCACGAGCUGGCGAAGGAGCGCAUCAGGCGAGAUCGGUUGUUUUUGGACUCUGAACCCGAGGGCAUUCCCCUUGAGAGCGUUCCGCUCAACGACGACGCGGAUUUUAGGCGUCUGGAGGGGCAGCUUCGGAAGCUCUCUCGUGAUAUGAGGCGCAACGGUCCCGACAUUUCAGACACGCGCGAUCGCCUGAACGAUCGUGCCCACGAACUUGCAAGGGGUGUCGUGGCCGACGACAUGAGGUGUUUGAAGGAUACCUACAGGGGAAUCCCGAAGGAAGAUUUGAAUCUACACAAGGACGCUAAGUUCAGGGAUCUGGCCAAUGGACGGCGGAGGGCGGCACGCAGCAGGGGUGCGCUUCCUGCUGAACUCACAGCUAUUGAAGGAGCCAUGGAUGCAAGGGCCUGCGAAAUCGCCGAUAAUUGUAUUAAUUAUGGACGUGCAUUUUUGGACCGUGAACCGGAAGGUAUGGACCUGGCGGAUGUUCCACUUGACAAUGAUGGUCGUUUUGCCGCCAUGGAAGCAGAGCGUCGGAAGCGGACAAAGGAUCCCCGCUCCUCUAGACGCAACAAGGACAUGAUACGUGACCUCGAGGAUGACAUGAUUGCCCGCUCGCAUGCUCUUGCUCUCGAGGAAUUUGCCAAGAUGCGUGGAUUCAUGGAUCAAGAGCCGGAGGGAGUUCCACUGAAGGAGAUCCCACUUGACGUGGAUCCCGAGUUCCGGCAAGCGGAGGUGGCUCGCUACCGGAUGCGCAAGGACCCGCACCACUCACCAGAGGAGGUGGCCAAGUUGGAAGAUGCGAUGAACGACCGCGCGCGGAGGCUAGCCAAGGCCAUUCUUGCGAAGAACCGUGGCUUCCUUGACCCUGAGCCGUGUGGCGUGCCCCUGGCAGAGUUGCCGCUUAACACGGAUGAGGAGUUCAACAAGCUUGCGGCGGAGCGCUACCGGCUGAAGCGAAGCAACAAAAAGGACAAUAAUCCCGAAGUGAAGGGGAUUGAGAAUGAAAUGAAUGAUCGUGUGCAUGCACUUGCAAGAGAGCACCUUCGAAAGGCACGGGCCUUCUUGAAUCCCGAGCCCGAGGGUGUGCCACUGGAAGAUGUACCACUUGGCCGUGAUCCCAGGUUUCUUGACAUGGAGCGUGGCCUCGCAAAGCUGCGCAAUGAUCCGAAUGCCUCCGCCGAAACAUUGAGUUCCCUCGAAGAAGAUUUGAACUUGCGUGCGCAUGAGGUCGCAAGGGAGUUUCUCAAAAAGGAAAGGGCAUAUCUCGACCCCGAGCCCCUCGGCGUCCUCGUGGAAGAUCUUCCUCUCAAUCACGACCCCAUUCUUAACGCCUUGGAGCGCAAGCGCCGUGAGCUCAAAAAGGACCCUAAACGAAAUGGGGAUUCUAUUCGUGGAUGUGAAGACGACAUACAUGACCGUGUGAGGGCGAUUGCGAAGGAGUUUCUGGACAACGAGCGUCGGUUCCUUGAUCCAGAGCCCGAGGGCGUCUUGCUUCGUUAUUUGCCUCUUAAUCUUGACAAGAAAUUUCGUUUACUGGAAUUGAAGCGACGUGAAAAGCUUCGUUUACCUUUUUUGAAAAAUGAAGAUCAUUCUCUAAGAAGGCUUGAGAGGAAAAUGAACGAUCGAGCGCAUACGUUGGCAAAAGAAAUUUUAGCGAGGAACCACGCGUUUCUCGAUCCUGAACCCCUUGGUGUACCGCUUGACGAUUUACCACUGAAUACCGAUGAGAAAUUCCGUCGUAUUGAUGAAGUUUUGUGCAUUCAUGCCAUGGAUACACAUAUGGAUCAGUCGACGUGGAAAGAGCUUCAAAAUGAGUUAAAUGGCCGUGCUUUUGAGUUGGCAAGUGAGCUACUGAACGAAGAACGUUCUUUUUUACCUUUAUCGCCUUUUGGGAUCCCAUUGGAGGAGCUUUCUUUAAACAAUGACUUGCCUCUGCGCACCAUUGAGCGUGCAAGACGAGCAAAGCGUUGGCAAAUGCUUGAUGAUGCGGAGGAGAAGCAGAUGAUUUUUGAACGUGUUUUAAAGAUUGCGGACGGUGUUUUGGCGAACGAUCGUGAGUACUUGCAGCCUAAUCCUUGGAAAGUUUCUUUGACGCAACUUCCACUAGACAGAGACGAUGUGUUUCAUUCACUUGAAUUGGAGCGACGCAGACUGAAGAAGAACCCCGCGGCAAACAGAGAUGAGAUCCGAAAAAUUGAGAAUGCCUUGAAUGAUCGGGAAUUACGGCUGGCCGAAGAAUUUAUUCAAAAUGAACGUGCAUUUCUGGAGCGAGAGCCGGAGGGCGUACCCUUGGAACUGUUGCCUCUUGACUUGGAUAAUACUUUCCAUGAAAUGGAGUUGGAGCGGCGGCAACUACGGCAAAAUCCAAAAAUCAGCGAAGAAGCAAUAGAAGAAUAUGAAGAAAAGAUGCGGGACCGUGUACGCGCAUUGGCACUUGAGUACCGCGGCUGGCAAGACGAGGAAUUCCAUGAAUCGAAUAAGCAUAUGGCGGAGGAGUGGCCACGUAUCUGUGAGCUUUACCCAGAGGGUAUCCGUGACCCGGUGGUGCCGGAGAAAACGCUUCCAUCACAAGUUUCUUCUGCACCACUUGAACUGGGAUAUUUGGCUCCAUUCAUUGCCGCCAUGAGUAGGCAUCCUCCACUUAUUGACCGUCUUUUCGAUUCAAAAGAACAUCCUGUGAACGGCCCAUAUUCGUUUAUUUUUUAUGAUCCUAACAGCAACCCGGUGCGCGUCGAAAUUGACGACCGUGUUCCAGUGGACGCAAACAUGGAACCGAAGUUUACACGAGUCCCGAAACGGUCAUGGUAUCCGCUAUUGCUGGAGAAGGCCUACGCGAAGUUUGUUGGUGGGUACUCCCGGCUUGAUCAAUGCACACCGCAUGAGACGUUGCGGGACUUGACGGGUUGCCCGGUGCUUCACAUCCCUCUUGACGACAAACUAGCGGAGGCCGCCAACACGGGUGAUUUUAGGUCGGCACAGUUCUGGCGUGAGAUUCAUUCUGAUCUUGCCAAGGGUGAUGUCAUUACGUGCAUGUCUAACGUGGAUGCGGGGGACGGCAUCCAUCCGCUGUGCAGUUACGCCCUCUUUGCGGUUAUUGAAACCGUGAAGGAGUCAAAUGAUCCCGCAGACAUUGUGAUAAAGCUGCACAACUGCUACUUUGAUGAGCCGUUUUAUAGCGGACCUCUCAACCGGAACGACGGAUUCUGGAAAAAAGAAUUGAGGGACGUUUGUGGCUCUGAUCCCUCUCGUGUUGAUCACUUGUUCAUACCCCUCUUGACUUUCCUGAAUAAUUUCUCAAGCAUGCAGCGGUGCAACGUUAACUGCGGCGAUCGUCUCACUUCUGCCGGUAAGUGGAAUAGAAUGACUUGUGGAGGCAAUCCGAAGUUUACGACGUUCCGAAACAAUCCGAUUUAUUUGGUGGAGAACAAAUCCUCUCGUCCAGUGAGAAUUCUGGCUGAAUUACGUCACCAAACGCCGUCCUUUUCAGAUAGUGAUGGCUUGAACCACUACCACCAGACGGGAUUGGUUUUGAUGCAAUCUGUACAUGCCAAGAUGGCACCGACUCCGCUCAUCACAAGUAGCACACACCGGUUUAUUCAAAAGGGUAUGAUGCUGGACGCGAGGGAGGUAUGCUCGCAAAUGGAACUUCCACCCAGUACGACAUGUUAUCUUAUCCCGUACACCAUGAAGCGUGGCUGUCACGGUAAGUUCAAUAUUUCUGUUUAUCCCGGGAUGGCAAAGGUGACGUUGACACCGUUGCGAUACGCCGGCCUCAAGCGCGAACCGCUUGUCGUGGAUUUUGUGCUGAAAAGUGGUCUCAAUAGCUCUUCCCGUGUAUCUUUGCAAGUGAGUGAUCCGUGUGAUGUUCAUGUUUUAUUGGGACAGGUGAAGCGUCGUGGAAAUGUGAAUCCUCUUGUUGAUUUUCUAGCCGAUGACGCGGUGAAGUUGACUGUAUUUGAUAAUUAUGGCAUAAAACUAGCGUCUACAGGGGAUGCGACGAAUGCUCGUGAACAGGCUUUAGUUUUGCAGCUUUCCAAAAAUUGUCUGUUGAAUUUUGUGGCAGAGCGAGUGAACCGUAAAGGGGGCGGUGACUGUCCCUGUUCAUUGUAUUUCUUCACUCCGCCCAAGAUUCUGGCGAAAAUUGUUUCUUUGCCCCCUCUCAAUCCCGUAGCGGCCAAGCCCGGCGUCGCUGUCGGUGGAUGGACACCGCGUGGCGUCUCCACGAGUUCCUGCGAGUCGGCUGAUUUUCAGAAUUAG